UUUUCCGCCAAGAAAUAUAAGAAAAUUAAGGUAUUCCUCCUGUAUACAAAUGCAGUCAAGUGACGUUUUUAAACUAGAGGAUGAUUUUAUAAAUGUACAAUGCUUUGAAAAGGAUGUAAGAAACAAUUCUCGUAUAAUUUACGACGAUGUUUAUAGCUUUAUUAAGAGAAAAAAUAAUACGAAUAAAAAUAAAUCUACAUUUAAAAAUAAAUACAACGUUCUUAUAUUGGGUUUGGAUUCUAUGUCAUUACGACGGCUGGAGCAAACAAUGACGCGUACAGCUGAAUACUUAAAGAAAAAUCUUUGGCUAAGUUUUAAAGGAUAUCAUAAGAUUGGAGAUAACACUAUCCCAAAUAUAAUGGCUGCAUUAACGGGCAAAAAUAUUUCAUCAAUUAUCAAGGACUGCGCGGGAAAAAUGUUUUCCUGCAAUAAAUUCAUACUAUGGAGCUAUUUUAAGACAGCAAACUACGUAACAGCAUAUGGCGAAGAUUAUCUACGCCUGCCAGAUACAUUUAGCAGAAGUUACGCAUUCCGUUCUCCUCCUACUGACCAUUACAUGCGAACAUUUUUCCUAAAAAGUGAACUCGAAAACGGUAACAAAUCACACGUAUGUUCAGGAAAGUAUUUAUCAGGACAACACGUACUAGACUACGCAUUCGAUUUUGUGCACACGUACAGAAAAGUACGCAAUUUUGGUAUCUUCUGGAUAAAUUCUUUCAGUCAUAAUGUAAACAGCCGUCCCGAGGACGCAGAUAAACUUUUUGUAGAUUUCUUUAAGAAAUUAUCUGAUAUUGCUGUUCUGAAUGACACUUUUAUAUUUUUCUUCAGCGAUCAUGGCGUACGUUUCGGUGAUCAUCGUAUGUAUGUGGAAUCUUACUACGAUGAACGAAUGCCGUUUCUUUUCAUGUGGAUACCUGAUAUAUUUAAACUUAACCAUCCUGACAUAAUGGAAUCUUUAAAAAUAAAUCAAUAUAGAUUAAUAACUCCGUAUGAUCUGUAUUUAACUAUUAGAGACGUUAAUCAAAUAUCUAUUAAACAUAAAUCUGGUUCCGAAGGUUGUCCGAAGUGUCAAAGUAUGUUCGAUGUUGUUAGUUCGAAUCGUACAUGCCAGGACGUUGCCGUUAACGAUAAGUGGUGUAGCUGUCAUGAACUAUAUCCCCUUCACGAAGAUAACGAGCGAACAAAAACCGUGCAAUUUGUCGUUUCCCAUAUUAAGAGUAUAAUAGCGUCUGUUAAGACGAAAUCUUGUUGGACAUGCACGAGUUUGUCGUUAGGUAAAAUUAACAGAAUUCAUUAUUACUACGAUAAAGAAAGAAUUAAUAUUUAUUAUGUUGUUGCUAUCACAUUAACGCCAGGAAAUAUGUCGUAUGAAGCUACUGUUAUGAAAGAUAAAUCGAAGUUGCAUCUAGUUGGUCAAAUAAGCGUUAUAUCUCCAUAUCGGAAUUUCGGCAAAUGUACAAUACAAUAUAAAGAUCGCUUGUUUUGCGUAUGUGAAAAAAUUGGUAACUGUAAGACUUAA